AUGCAUUGCUUGUGCCAUUUUGCUAAUCAAAGUUCUCUUCAGUUUGCAGAGAACAUUUUACAGGGGGAGGCGAUAAAUAUUCACACUUCACAGAAGGCAGUGGACAAGUUGAGGCUUGACAUAGCUACUUCCCUCCUCAGAGAAUCAGAUGAUCUAAGCAGCCUGUGCUUUUAUUGUGGGAUGGAGGACAAGGGUAAAACACAAUGGGUUUGCUGUGACGGAUGUGAAAGGUGGUACCACCAUGAUUGUGUACAGAGCCCUCCAGUGGAUGUGGUUUACUUGUGUCCUGCAUGCCAGUAAUAGUGUCCCUUGCUGCAAUAUUUUA